GGAAUGAAAAGAGGAGGUAGUUGGAAGGGCAGACAUCUAGGCUCUGGGGUGGAGGGCCUGAACGGGGCAGGGAGCAAAGAUGCCAUGUGAGUAUUCUUCAUUCAUGACUCACCUUCUCUUCCUCCUCCUCUUCAUUGCUCAACCUCAAAUCUCCCUGGGAAAUACCUCCUUGACUGGAGACCAAGUCAGUGCCUCACGGGGGUAAUUGAGUCAUGAGGGGUGGAGAGGAGGGAGGGAAGCAGAAGAUAAAUAGCAGCUUGGCUUCGCUGGUUCCUCUCUGCAUCCUUCCCACCCUCCCAACAAUAUGCAUCUUGCCAGUUUGAUCAGUUCCUGCUCCCUCCUACUGCUUUUGGGGGCCCUGCCUGGAUGGGCAGCCAGUGAUGACCCCAUUGAGAAGGUCAUUGAAGGGAUCAACCGAGGGCUGAGCAAUGCAGAGAGAGAGGUGGGCAAGGCCCUGGAAGGCAUCAAUAAUGGCAUCACUCAAGCUGGAAGGGAAGUGGAGAAAGUUUUUAAUGGACUUAGCAACAUGGGGAGCCAGGCCGGCAAGGAGCUGGACAAGGACAUCCAGGGGCUCAACCACGGCUUGGACAAGGUAGCCCAUGGUACCAACAAUGGCGUCGGACAAGCAGGAAAGGAAGCAGAGAAGUUUAUCCAUGGGGUCAACAACGCUGCUGGACAGGUUGGGAAGGAGGCAGACAAAGUGAUUCAGGGGGUCCAUCAUGGGGUCAACCAAGCGGGAAGUGAGGCAGGGAGAUUUGGCCAGGGGAUCCACCAUGCCGCUGGGCAGGCUGGGAACGAGGCAGGGAGGUUUGGCCAGGGGGUCCACCAUGCCGCUGGGCAGGCUGGGAACGAGGCAGGGAGGUUUGGCCAGGGGGUUCACCAUGCCGCUGGGCAGGCUGGGAACGAAGCAGGGAGAUUUGGCCAGGGGAUUCACCAUGGGAUUGGUGAGGCCUGGAAGGAAGCAGACAAGUUUGGCCAAGGGGUCCACCAUGCCGCUGGGCAGGCUGGGAACGAGGCAGAAAAGUUUGGCCAGGGUGUUCAUCAUGGGAUUGGUGAGGCCUGGAAGGAGACUGAGAAGUUUGGCCAGGGGGUCCACCAUGCUAUUGGGCAGGCUGGGAAAGGAGGAGACAAAAUAGUCCAAGGGGUCCAUCAUGGGGUUAACCAGGCUGGGAAGGAGAUGGGGUGGUUUGGGCAGGAUGCCACAGGACAGGCUGAAAAGGAGGGAGACAAAAUAGUCCAAGGUGUCCAUCCUGGGGUCAACCAGGCUGGGAAGGAGGUGGAACAGUUUGGCCAUGGGGUCCACCAUGAGGUUAAUGAGGCUUGGAAGGAGGCAGAGAAGUUUGGUCAGGGGGUCCACAAUGCAGCAGGGCAGGCUGGGAAAGAGGGGGACAAAGUGGUCCAAGGGGUCCACAAUGGAGUCAACCAGGCUGGGAAGGAGGUGGAUCAUUUUGGCCAGGGAGUUCACCAUGCCGUUGAACAGGCCGGAAAGGAGGCAGACAAAGUAGUCCACGGGGUCUACGAUGGGGUCAACCAGGCCGGGAAGGAGGCAGAGAAAUUUGGCCAAGGGGUCAACCACGCUGCUGGCCAGGCUGGAAAGGAAGCGGAGAAACUUGGCCAAGGUGUCCACCAUGCUGCUGGCCAGGCCGGGAAGGAGGUGGACAGGUUGCAGCAGAAUGCUCAUUAUGGGGUCAACCAAGACGGCAAGGAGGCCAACCAGCUGCUGAAUGGCGGUCACCCAGGCGGAUCCACCGGCCAUCACGGAGGGGGCGCAACCACAACAUUAACAUCUGGAGCUUCGGUCAACAAGCCCUUCAUCAACUUUCCAGCUCUAUGGAGGAGCGUCGCCAACAUCAUUCCCUAAACUGAUGCACUGGCCUUGCUGAGCAGACUGGCUUUCCUGUUGGCAUAUCAGCUGAAAUGACUUGGAGGAGCUAGGGAUGGGGGGCGGGUAGAUUUCGGGAGUCUCUUGAGGGAACUGUACUGAGAUUUGUGAAUAAAUAUGACACAACAUACUCUCA